AGGUGGCAACAAAAAAUAACCGAUCUCGUCCCUUGUAGUAGUGGAUAAAAAUUUUCCUUAAAUUUCAAAAUUUUAGAAUUAUUACUGUAAAAGUCAAUCAAAAUUGUGGAAAGAAAAAUUUUAAAAGAAUGCAAUGAUUCUCUGGGAACUUCGUUUAAGAUUUCAUUUCAUCACUAAAAGCAUAUUGUUAGUAUCUCAUUCAUUAUGUUUAGACAACGCGACAUCAAGGAUUUGAAUUUUUAUGAAUGAGCACAAUUGUUUUGAUGUGUGAUUUAUAGGUACUUAAAAUAUGAGUAAAAGCAGUUUAGAAGCUGCUGCUGAGGCCGCAGCAAAAGUGAAUGCCAUGCUGAUUGCUAAAGGAAAAUUAAAAUUGUCAACUUCACAAAUAAAACCUAAAAUUGGGAACAACGUACUGGGUAGAGCCAAAGGUGGAGAUUUAGUUACAGCAGAAAUUGAUAUAAAUGAUGCUCCUCUUAGUGCAAGAAAUUUACUGACUAGAGGACAUAUGCAAGAUGAGAUCUGUAAAGAUAGUGGGGCUGCUAUAUCUACAAGAGGGAGGUAUAUGACCCCUGAAGAACGUCAAAAUAUUGCUACCCCUGAGUGUCGUCCUUUAUAUUUAAAUCUACAAGCUUCAGACUAUCGUGCUGUUAAAAUUGCUGUAAGAAAAAUCUUGGAAAUUAUUGAUCACCAUGUAACUCUUUCUGGUAAACCUAAAAGUCCAACUGUAGGUGUUGUUACAUAUCCUUCUACUGGUGCUAACGGUAUUGUCAACGCUGUACCCAAUCAUCAAAAUAGCCACAUCCCCUCAGGGACUCAUUUUGUUCAAGACAAAGUAUUUGUUGGUCUAGAACAAGCUCCUCCUGAUUAUCCUGUUAGAGACAAAAUUUUAGGACCUGCUGGCUCAUUCCUUCAGCACAUUAGAACAGAAACAGGAGCUACUGUGACACUUCGUGGCAAAGGCUCAGGCUUCAUCGAGCCUACUUCAGGUCGAGAAGCAUUUGAACCCCUCUACAUUCACAUAACACAUCCAAAGCCUGAGGGAUUGCAAGCAGCCAAAGCAUUAGCUAUCAACUUAGUUGAAACAGCGCAUGUGGAAUUUGCGACAUGGCAGCAAACUCAACAAUCUGUUUUGCAACCUUUAACCUCAGUUGUCUUACCUCAACCUGCCCCCGUUGCUUAUCAAAAUCAAGUGGUUGUUACUCCUACUGUUUUACCUGGAGCUUUGCCUGCGGGUACUGGAGUAGUUGCUACUGGUAUACAAAUUCCUUCUUCUGUACCAGGUACUAUGACAGCUGGUAUCCCAAGCUUAAUGCAUGCAAAUGUACCUACACUUGUAUCUCCUGUCUCAGUUGCAUCCAUUGUACCUGUAUCAGUGCAAGACUCACUUGGCUCAACCUGUUCAACAAACUCCAACUUCAAUGGUGAUGACCAUUACUGAGCCAACAAACUAUCCAAUAACAUCCCGAUAUAUGCAGCUUUCUCAAAUGCAAUCUGAAAUGGCUAAACAUAGAUAUUAUGGAAGCAUAGAUGUUUCUGCUGUUAACAGGAUACAGCCAAAUUGCUUGCAGGAGUCUAAUGUAAACCAUCCAACAGAGUUACAGUCCAGAGAAGAAGCCGGUCGACAUCCCUCAGAAGUGCCCCUCAAAGAUCGGGAACUGAUGCCGCCACCCCUUUCCAUGCCAGCCACUAGUCCACCUCAUCAUAGUAUAGUUAGAAAAAAUGUUCCAAAUGAUGAGGGACCACAGAAGAAGAAAUUAAAAGGUGCUCUUGUUGGCCUUGCUUCUAUGUAUGGCUCUGAUGACUCUGAUGAUAAUGAGGAUGAAGGCCAAGGCCUGCCAACAUCUCGCCAAUAGCUGUUGAACACCUCAAGUCUAGUUUCUCAGUGCCAUAGAACUUUUGAAUUUUACUUGUUGGAAGUGCCUUUUGUGUGUACAUAGCUUUGUAAAUAAUUCCAAAAUAUUUCCCAUUGUAUAUAUAUUGUAAAUAGCUAUGCUGUUAAUGACCAGCAAAUUUUGAGCUUUGUUUUGUUAUGGAAGGAGAUGAUUGUGUGCCUAUGUUUAUCUGAAAAUAAAUAAUUUUUUUUAUGA